AUGGCAGACAUGGACGAAAAGGCCGCGACCAUGGAACACCACGAGGUUACCUUCGACCAGGCCAAAGCGGCUGCCGACGAGGAACACGAGAUGACGUUGAUGCUAGCCAUCCGCAAGUACCCCAAAGCUGUGCUCUGGUCGGUAUUGCUAUCCACCUGCAUCAUCAUGGAAGGAUACGACAUCGUCCUGAUGAGCUCGUUCUUCGCACAGCCGUCCUUCUCGCGCAAAUACGGAGAGUUCAAUCAACGCACUCAGACGUAUGAGAUAACAGCAUCGUGGCAGAAUGGACUCAGCAAUGCUGUGAGCGUGGGCACCAUCAUCGGCGCAUUUGCGAAUGGGUACUUUAUCCAUCGAUUUGGGUACCGUCCUGUUUUGCUGGUAUCGCUUGCCUCUAUCUGCGCGCUGAUCUUCAUCUCUUUCUUCGCGCCCAACGCCCCCGUCCUCCUCGUCGGUCAGUUCCUCUGCGGUAUACCCUGGGGUGUCUUCGCGACCAUGGCGCCUGCCUACGCCAGCGAGGUGUGUCCGCUAGCUCUGCGAGGCUACCUCACCGUAUACGUCAAUCUUUGUUGGGCAUUUGGGCAACUCAUCUCCGCUGGAGUGCAGUCGGCAUUCUCAGGCAACAACACACAAUGGGCAUACCGGAUACCCUUUGCCAUCCAAUGGGCAUGGCCUAUCCCACUGUUUGCGAUCCUCUGGAUGGCACCCGAGUCCCCAUGGUACCACGUUCGUACCGGCAACCUCGAACUGGCCGAGCAGAUGCUUAUCCGUCUUGGGUCUGUCUCCCAACGUGAUAUGGCUAAGCAAAAGGUCGCGAUGAUGGUUCGCACGAAUGAACUAGAGAAGUCACUUGAGGAAAACACAUCCUACCUUCAAUGCUUCAAGGGCAUCGACCGCCGUCGAACGGAAAUCGCGUGCAUGGUUUUCGCCGCACAGCCCAUCUGUGGCUCGGUCAUGGGCGGCACUCCCACGUAUUUCUUCGUCCAAGCAGGCGUUUCAACCUCUAUCUCUUUCAAGAUGUCCGUCGGCGGUCUCGGCAUGGCAUCAGUCGGCACACUAAUCUCCUGGGUCCUCAUGAGCUACAUCGGCCGUCGAAAGCUUUACCUCUGGGGCCUCGGUGGUCUAGCAGCCAUCCUUUUCAUCGUAGGGUUCAUCAGUGUAGGCGCCGGCGACUCGUCCGGCGGCAACUACGCCCAAGCUGCUAUGAUGAUCAUCUGGCUUUUCUGGUACUACAUGACCGUCGGACCCAUCUGCUAUGCCAUUGUCGGAGAAGUCUCGUCCACGCGUCUUCGCAGCAAGAGUGUGUGUCUGGCCCGCAUCAGCUACUACAUCGCGCAGAUCCUCACCAACGUGAUCAACCCGUAUAUGUUGAACCCCACUGCUGGUGAUUGGAAGGGCAAGACGGGCUUCUUCUGGGGUGGAGGCGCGUUGAUCUUUUUCGUUUGGACGUUCUUCCGUCUUCCGGAGACGAAGGGCAGGACGUACGAGGAGUUGGAUAUUAUGUUUGCUGAGGGGUUGCCUGCGAGGGCGUUCGCGAAACAUAGUAUUGAUGCUUAUGCGUAUGCGCAUGGGGAUGAGGGUGAUCGUAAGGUCAAGACUGUGGAGUGA